CACCGGGCCCCCGGGCGGAGCGGCAGGCACCGGGCCCCCGGGCGGGGCGACAGGCCUCGGGCCCCCGGGUGGGGCGACAGGCCUCGGGCCCCCGGGCGGGGCAACAGGCCUCGGGCCCCCAGGCGGGGCGACAGGCAUCGGGCCCUCGGGCGGGGCGACAGGCAUCGGGCCCUCGGGCGGGGCGACAGGCAUCGGGCCCCCGGGCGGAGCGGCGGGCGCCGAACCCCCAGGCGGAACUACAGGUCUCGGGCCCUCAGGCGGAGCGGCGGCGCCGGACCCCCGGGUGGAGCGACAGGUCUCGGGCCCUCAGGCGGAACGGCGGGCGCCGGACCCCCGGGCGGAGCGGCGGGCGCCGGACCCCCAGGCGGAGCGGCGGGCACCGGACCCCCAGGUGGAGCGACAGGCGGGGCGGCGGGCGCCGGACCCCCAGGUGGAGCGGCGGGCGCUGGACCCCCAGGCGGAGCGACAGGUCUCGGGCCCCCAGGCGGAGCAGCGGGCACCGAGUCACCAGGCACGACAGUGGGCUCCGAGUCAACUGGCAUGACCGCUGGCACUAGGUCAGACAUUGGAUCGUCUGGCUGGACAGCGGGCAUUGGGUCACCAGGCAUCAGGUCAUUUGGCUCGACAGCGGGCACCGUGUCAUCUGGCAAGGCAGUGGGCUCCGAGUCAACUGGUAUGACCGCGGGCACU